AUGCAGUCAAAGAUUUCAGUGAGGGAGUUGGACGAGCGAAAGACACCAUGGGCGUCCAUUUACGCUUGCGCCUUUAUGCUCUGCUUGACUGGAGUUCAGAUCAGCAUCUACUUCAUGUCUACAUGGCAGUACUUAACAGAGGUGGACUCAACUGCGACGAUGGAGUUUUUCGGCUGGGUAGCGGCGGCAUGCAGUUUGGGAUGUGCUCUGGUGAGGUAUUCAAGUUUUGUGUGGCAACUGCGAUGGCUUUGCGAUUUCCUCGCUACUCUGCUCUAG